AUGACAGACAAGAGUGAUAUCCCUACUCUCAAAUGGGGCAUUGUCGGGUGUGGCACAAUCUCGUCGCGGUUCGUUUCUGAUCUAUGCCUCGAGAGGCCUGAUGCCACUACGAACCACAUAAUUGAAGCUGUUGGGUCCUCUGCCAUGGAUAAGGCGUCUGCGUUCGUGGCCAAGCAUUGUCCAGCCCAAAAGCCUGUUUUGUAUGAUUCAUAUGAAGCGCUGUACAGCGACCCCAGCGUUGAUAUUGUUUACAUCGGGACGCCUCAUGUGUUGCACUGUAAGAAUGCUCUAGAUGCUAUUGCUGCCGGAAAGCAUGUGCUCUGCGAGAAACCAUUUGCCCUGAAUGCCUCGGAAGCUAGGAUGAUGAUUGAUGCUGCUCGAGCAAAGGGAGUCUUCUUGAUGGAAGCUGUCUGGACCCGGUUCUUCCCUGUUGCGAAGAAGUUUCAGUCACUCCUCCACGACGAAAAAGCAAUCGGUGACAUUGCGUCUGUUUUUGUUGAUUUUGGGCUCUAUAUGCCCAUAUCUACGGCCGACCCUGCGCGCCGCACCGCCAGCAGAGCCCUUGGUGCUGGCGCCCUUUUGGACCUAGGUAUUUACACCUUGACUUGGGCAUCUCUAACUCUUGAUAAGGCAGUAUCCUCCAAGAGUCCUAAAGUCAUGGCGAGCAUGGCCUUUGCCAGCGAGACAGACCCAGAAAAGAAGGUAGAUGAGUUUACGUCUGUGGUACUACAGUACCCGGAUCUCAAAGCCCAUGCCAUGUGCACUUCAUCACUUCUAUACAAGAGCGCAGAAGAGUUUGCCCACGUGUACGGGUCGAAGGGAUCCAUCUCCGUCGGUGGCCACAUGGCAUCGAGGCCGCAGUACUUGGUGGUCCGACUUAAUGGCGAAGAAGAGCGGCGUCUAGAUUUUGAGGUUUCCGGUUUUGGGUUUUACUAUGAAGCCGACGCUGUUGGCGCCGAUAUCCGGGCCGGGAGACUAGAAAAUAGUACUUGCUCCCUGGAUUCUACUCUUGCGAUCAUGUCUAGGAUGGACAAUGCGAGGGCGCAGUGUGGUUUAGUAUACCCACAAGAGGAAUAG